GGAGGCUCGGCCCGUCGCUCUGUUGCCGCUCCUCUGAGCUGUCCGGCAGGCUCAGGCUGGGAAGCUUUGCUUCUUCAUCCUGCAAGCACCAUGAGAGGCCUUCUUUGCUGGCCGCUGCCUCUGCUGCUGCUCUUUCUCCAGCCCUGGGAAACCCAGCUCGAGGCUGCAGGUCCUAGGUGCUACGCUGGGCCGCUGGAUUUGGUGUUGGUCAUUGAUAGCUCCCGCAGCGUGCGCCCCUACGAGUUCGAGACCAUGAGGCAGUUCCUAGUGGGCCUCCUCCACAGCCUGGACGUUGGGCCGAACGCCACGCGUGUUGGCGUAAUCCAGUACUCUAGCCAAGUGCAGAGCGUGUUCCCCUUGGGCGCCUUCUCGCGGCGCGACGACAUGGAGCGCGCCAUCCGCGCCGUGGUGCCUCUGGCGCAGGGCACCAUGACCGGGCUGGCGAUCCAGUAUGCCAUGAACGUGGCCUUCAGCGUGGCCGAGGGCGCCCGCCCUCCCGAGGAACGAGUGCCACGGGUCUUGGUCAUCGUGACCGACGGGCGGCCUCAAGACCGAGUGGCCGAAGUGGCGGCGCAGGCGCGCGCCCGCGGCAUCGAGAUCUACGCGGUCGGCGUGCAGCGGGCCGACGUGGGCUCCCUGCGCGCCAUGGCUUCGCCGCCCCUGGACCAGCACGUCUUCUUGGUGGAGUCCUUCGAUCUCAUCCAGGAGUUUGGCCUGCAAUUCCAGGGCCGGCUGUGCGGGCAGGACCUGUGUGCUGAGUUGGAUCAUGGCUGCCAACACCUGUGUGUCAACGCUCCGGGAACAUUCUACUGCGCUUGCAACUCUGGCUACAAAUUAGCACCAGAUAACAAGAACUGCCUGGCCAUCGACCUCUGUGCUAAAGGAACCCAUGGUUGCCAACACCUCUGUGUCAACUCUGUGGACUCUUAUUUCUGUCGCUGUCGAGCUGGCUUUGCACUCCAGCAGGACCGGAGGAGCUGCAGGGCCAUUGACUACUGCAGCUUUGGAAACCACAGCUGCCAGCAUGAGUGUGUGAGCACCCUUGUGGGGCCUCAGUGCCGCUGCAGAGAGGGCCACGACCUGCUGCCUGACGGGAGAAGCUGCCGGGUCAGGGACUUCUGCAACGGUGUGGACCAUGGCUGUGAGUUCCAGUGUGUGAGUGAGGGCCUUUCCUUCCGAUGCCUGUGCCCUGAGGGGAGGCAACUUCGGGCAGAUGGCAGAAGCUGUGACCGGUGCCGGGAGGGCCACGUGGAUCUUGUUCUCCUGGUGGAUGGCUCCAAGAGUGUGCGUCCGCAGAACUUCGAGCUGGUGAAGCGCUUCGUGAACCAGAUCGUGGACUUUCUUGAUGUGUCCCCAGAGGGCACACGUGUCGGCCUGGUGCAGUUCUCCAGCCGGGUGCGCACUGAGUUCCCUCUGGGCCGCUAUGGCACCGCAGCUGAGGUGAAGCAGGCGGUUCUGGCCGUGGAGUACAUGGAGCGCGGCACCAUGACAGGGCUGGCCCUUCGGCACAUGGUGGAGCACAGCUUCUCAGAGGCGCAGGGCGCGCGGCCUCGCGACCUCAAUGUGCCUCGCGUGGGCCUGGUGUUCACUGAUGGCCGCUCUCAGGAUGACAUUUCAGUGUGGGCAGCUCGCGCCAAGGAAGAAGGCAUCGUCAUGUAUGCUGUGGGCGUGGGCAAGGCCGUGGAGGAAGAGCUGCGUGAGAUCGCAUCAGAACCGUCGGAGCUGCACGUGUCCUACUCUCCGGACUUCAGCACCAUGACGCACCUGCUGGAGAAUCUCAAGGGCAGCAUUUGCCCGGAGGAGGGCAUCAGUGCCGGGACGGAGCUUCGGAGCCCCUGUGAAUGCGAAAGCCUCGUGGAGUUCCAGGGCCGCACGCUGGGGGCGCUGGAUAGCCUGACGCAGAACCUGGUCCAGCUGACAGAGCGCCUGGAAGAGCUGGAGAACCAGCUGGCUGACCGGAAGUGAAGGUGGCCGGCUCUCCGAGCACCCGCGCGAGACAGAGCCCGAGCCCCGGAGCCGGGACCGUCCGGGAGGGGGCGCUGGCGGGCCCCAAGCGCUGCCUUCGAGCUGGCCUCGCCUGGACCACAAGCCAGAUUUAGGGGGUGAGGGGAUGGGGAGGUGCUGGUGGGGAAGGAGUGCUACAC